CACUAGAAGGAUCUCCGCAUUCGAAAUGAUCAUUUCAAAGUGUUGGCACAUAGAGAACCCCGUCAUAUGAGCCUCGUUUAGCGGGGUAUGAUCACAAUCUCCCCGUCUUGGGGCCAGUGUGGAACCUUAAGCGUCGGCUUCAGGGCCAGUUUCUCCUUGAAGCUCCAUGUUACGUUCCAUUAUUGGUUCUGAGCUCGCUUGCAAUGUUUUUUGAGCUUCCUUUUGAGAAAGCGUUCGGAACGAGGCAUCUUCUUUCCUUUCAUGUGCGUCUGCUUCUGCUUGUUUGAUAUCACGAAACCUGUGUGCCGACGAGAAGUAGGAGCAAAGCAUUCUAUCGUUGUCCUGUUACCAAAUGCCUGCAUUUAAAUUUAUGAACACAAGAGCUGGGGGUAAGUGUCGAAGCUCCGCAGCCAAUUGUUUUCAGGGCCGGUAUCCUAGCAUAUAGAUGCACGAAGUAGAGAAGAAAGGAGAGAUUUCCCUUCAAUGACACUCUAGCUGCUGCACUGACUGGCUUCAUUCUGUCGAGUUGAGCCCAAGAUGUGGAUAUAUUUCGGGGAGCUGCGGGGUAAAAAAAACUCGUGACUUUUGGCCAUAGAUAGCCAUCUCAAUCGCAUUAUUCUUUUCGUAAAUCAAUCCAAACCCAUUCCUCGGUUAUUUCGAUCAUCACCAGAUGUCUCCAUCAAAGAACUGUCAUUCUUCCAAGACAAAUACGUCACAGAGCACUUCCCACCAACAACACAGCCCAGCCAAGCCGCCGAUGCCUCAAAGCCCCACCGAGUGGUUCAGCCGGAGAACUGCGCCGCAGACUUGAAAGAUAUAUACGACGCUUCUCUCUCACGUAUUGUCCUCACAACAGAUCGACUAAUUAAUUGAUAUCCAUCAAACAGUGAAGCCAAGAUGACCUCCAUCCACCAGCGUCUCCAAGCAGCCUCGGCACAAAACACAAGCCUGCUCAAGACUAUCUCCGAGACAGAAUACUCUGUUUCGGCGUUCCAGCAAUCGAAUCAAUACAUCAGCUCUUUGAAGAAGGAUAUCGCUGCACAGGAGAAGAAGCUGGGAGAGCUGAAUAAACAUGUCGAUCGCGAAUAUGCUGAUCAUAAGAGGUAUCGCGACUCUCACAUGAAGAGACUAGCUUUUAAGCUUGGCGGGAAGAAGGAGAAAUUCCAGGCCGAUGCAUCACGAGAGGAGCAGGAAUGGCUAGAUGCCGUUGCAUCACAAUUAAAGACGAAGCAAGUUCUUGAACAUCUGAAUAGUGACCUCUCAGAUGCCACCAGGACAAAUGCCGAGUUCAGUGGCAUUGUAGAUGUUCACAACAACGCCAAAAAGGAACUGGACGCCCUGUACAAAUCAAUAUUCGACGGUCCGACCCCGGAAAUCCCAGAAGAGGAUCAGAAAGAGUACGCCGUUGGACAAGCCGAGCAGAAUUACAACACCAUCUCGCUUCAGCUCAGCACGGAGAAGCAAGCUCGCGAUAUCCUGACUGAUGCUGAGAAAUUCCUCAAGGGCGCAAUCAACGAUAUCCUGGAUGCAGAGAACCACGCUGCCAUGGACCUGUACGGAUUCGGUGGCACGUGGGCGGAGAUGGCCGAGCACAGCGCCCUGAUCAAAUGCCAGCAGAACGUCUCCCAGGUCGAGCAAUUGAUCGCGCAGGCUCAGCGUGUGCAGCCUGCAGUUCAGCAGAUUGGGAAUAUCAGGAUUCCCCAGAUGGACAUCAUGAGUAACGUGGUGUUUGACAAUGUCUUCUCCGAUUACGAUAUGCGGAAGAGGAUCCAGGAAGCGCUGAAGCAGCUGCAGGCUGCGAGAACGGGUCUGCAGAGGGAGUUUGGAGCUUCGGAUCGGAGGAGAGAUGAUAUUCAGAAGGAGUUGAAUGGGUUGAAGGCGGUGCUGGAUGAGAAGAGGGGUGAUCUCCAGGAGUGUCGAAAGAGGGCGUUUGAGGGCAUUGCGGGUUUGCCAGAAUAUUCGGAGCAGCCACCUGCCUAUUCCUAAAUCCAGAGGGUUAGGUUGAGAUUGAUACCGGGGUAUCUUGUAAAUCAUAUUUAUAUUGGGUUGCUAUAAUAAUUAAGGCAAGGGCUUUAAGAUUGAAACGCGAGUGCGUUUAACCUAUCACAUUUUCCGAUGGAAGCUUCUUUCUGGGCUUACGCGGUUCAAGGACCGUAGGGUAUCUGUCUGAACAAAUAGUCGUGCUGUUUCCCUUGAAGCAUUAUCUCUCCCUUGAAUCUCAUCGCCAAUUGAGACUGGAAGAAUUCGAUCUUUCCAUUAAAUCAAUAAAAUAUUAGCUUAUGAAAUCUCAGGUAUUGUUCUCUUUUUUUCGGG